CGAAACGCCAGCGUUUGAAUACGCGAUCAUUCUUCUCUGCAUAUCGAAUUAUCUCGUUGGUUUUAAAUGUUUCACCAAUAGCGAGGCAAUGGAUAGAGAAGAGCGAUGUAGCAAAGCAGCGGCAUGACUUCUGUCCUUGUCUCACGUCUCAUUUCACCUGAACACAAUGAAAGUGCGCAACACGCAGUAGGUGGGGGUAUUAUGCGAGAAAGAGAGGAAACAGGAGGGAGAGAAAUCAUCCGCCUUGCGAGCCCGUCAUGGCUGAUUCAUCGUGAGGGGCUCUUAUAGGAGUACGAUAACAAAUGACAUUGUGAUUAAAUCACUGAGCGCACACGGCGAGUACAGUGCAUGGAGUUGCCUCUAAAUCGAACCGAUAAUUUCGAUGCGGAGAUUCUACGAGGGAACUUGAUAAACAGCGUUUUCGCGUGCGCGUAACACCCCCGUGGAACGAUGAACGGGUUAAGUUUUAGUGAACUGUGUUGCUUGUUUUGCUGUCCACCUUGCCCGUCCAGAAUCGCUGCGAAGCUAGCAUUCCUACCACCUGAGCCUACCUACGCGUUCAUCGAGGACGAAGGAUCCAAGGUUACAAUUUCCUUGUCCGAAAGAGCGGAAUGGCAAUACACAGAAAGGGAGAAAGAGUCGGUGGAAGGUUUCUAUGCAAGAACGUCACGAGGGAAUCGAAUAGCUUGUCUGUUCGUACGGUGUUCGGCCACCGCACGUUUUACCAUUUUAUACUCCCAUGGGAACGCAGUCGAUCUCGGGCAGAUGUCUAGCUUCUAUCUAGGACUCGGGUCCAGAAUAAAUUGCAACAUAUUCAGUUACGAUUACUCUGGCUACGGAGUCUCCGGUGGUAAACCGUCGGAAAAGAACCUUUAUGCGGACAUAGACGCUGCGUGGCAUGCCCUCAGAACACGUUACGGCAUCAGCCCGGAAAACAUCAUUCUAUAUGGCCAGAGCAUCGGAACUGUACCCACGGUCGAUCUGGCCGCGCGAUACGAGGUUGGCGCAGUUGUUCUGCAUUCACCUCUAAUGUCGGGAAUGCGAGUCGCUUUUCCCAAUACUAAGAGAACCUGGUUCUUCGACGCCUUCCCCAGCAUAGACAAAGUACCCAAAGUGACAUCUCCGGUUUUGGUGAUUCAUGGGACUGAGGAUGAUGUAAUAAAUUUCAGUCAUGGCUUGGCGAUCUACGAGAGAUGUCCAAGAGCAGUGGAACCAUUAUGGGUUGAGCAAUCGCCUCUCACAGGGGUGAAGGCACUUGUCCGCCCCUGUGACGAAGAAUCAUCUUCCGUUUCUACGGACGAUGGUUUCUUUUUUCGUGAUCAGCAGAUAGAUGUUAAUCAGAAGAUUCACUGUAAAGAUUCUUUAAAGGAAACAUGUUCCAAAGAUGAUAACUCAAGUUUAGAUAGUAAUUCGAAAAGAACUAUUCAACAAGACGAGAAGAGUAUGAAAGAAGAGGAAGUAGCAACAAACGUUCAAGAGAAUAAACACAAUAAAACGAUAUUAGAAGGUACUUCUAUUCGCCAUAACUUCCGAUUGAAUCAUAUUAGUCAAGUUGCAAAAAAGCACAUUUCUUUGCCGAAAAAUUUAAAAAAUCCAUUUGGUAAAAGUCAAAAGAAUAUUGUUCACAGGACACUGAAGAAUUCAUUUGGUCAAGGCCAUAAAAAAGCUGACACACAAAUAUCUCAUACAACUUUGGUUGACAUACAGGUCGAAGACUGCCGACAAUUUGCGAUCGGAGAAAAGUCAUUUCCCAAUAUUCCUAAUGAUAACAAUAAAAGCAUUUCAGACUGUAAAAAUAUUCAAAGUCAGUUCAAAGUAGAGAAGAAAUCUCCUAUAAAUCAAUUUAAAUAUAGUAGUAUAGAAUCUGUUUUGGAUUCAGAGUGUACGAAGAAUAAUAAGAAACAUUGUUGUAAUAAAAUCUUAAGUAAAGAUGUAAUUAUAAAAGGUAAGAAGCUUGAAGAGCAUGAAGCACAAGCUCAUAAUGAAAAAUCAGUAGAAUCUGUGAAAAAGUUUUCAUGGGGAACUAAAAGUGCAAGUAAGAGUUUCGAAAAGACAUGUAAAGAUAAAGGAAAAACUCAGGAUCCCAUGGAAAAGAAAUUGAAAGCUAAAAGAAUCCUUUCCAGUCCCUUAAGAAAAUUUGGUCGAUCAUCAUUGACAAUCGAGCCGGAUAAAAUUAUGAUAAACUUACCAAAGUGUUCUCCUUGUGCUUGUAGGUUGGCUGCAAGCUCAAAAAUUUUAUCCAAUGAUUCCAGUUUACUUUCCCGAUUCACUACGAAUCGCGAGAGUCCUCAUCAUGCUGUACGUUUGAAGAGUCCAUCGCAUGUAGAUGUACAAACAGAUAUCACUUUGAAAACUUCAGAAAGGACCUCGAUGCAGGCUAAUUUGUUACCAAACGUACAACAAAAAUCACGGUAUACACCUCGAAGCAGAAGCGUUGGUGAGCUGUGCAAUAUUGUAAACAAGUGAAUCAACCACGAGUUAUUCGUCUGUGGAGCGAAACCAUUGUAUCUGAACAAAGCUGGACUUCCGACAUCAUCAGUUGAAUGCUCAGGAAAUGUUAUUCAGAAGUUAAGGAGAAAAUUAUAUAAGUCGAAUACUCUGAUAAAAUUUAAUACGCAACUUUAGAGACAAAGUGUCAAGUAAAUAGCAUGAAUUCCACGUGUCUCGCCAAGUUGCCGUUUCAUUAUUCUUCCACAUAACUGUCUUUAAAGAAAUCAUAGAUUUAUACGCACGACACUUAUUCGGGCUGUAACAGUGCUAGUGAGACUGUGCACAUAAAUACACGUACGAUAUAUACAUAAAAUUUAUUAUAUUUCUAGAGAUAUGAGAUAA